CUGCGAAAGCUUGUAAUCGUUUAAUCAGCCAAGAAGAAAAGGACAAGUGGCUUUGCUUUGAUGAAAUGCUUCGAAAUUUUCGGGACCGAUCAAACGCAGUACAUCAUAAAAUAUAUAUAUCGAUUUUUUCUUGAGUAUACGUUUAUACAGAAAAGAAAAUCUAAUAAAUACAUUUAUUUUUACAUAGAUGAUCACACAUGUGUUUGCGAUCUACGUACUAAAUUUAAUGAGAUAGAAGAAGUAACAUCAAAGUAAUAUACAAUUAAAUAGAUUUCGACACAUGGUGUUUACGUUCAGGAAGGCAGCACAUAAAGAAUCAAUAUUCAGCUGAUAUCGAGUGAAACGCAUCAUUGCAUUUGCAAUUUUUUAUAAUAUUAGGUGAAAAUAUCAUAUUUAUAUAUAUAUGAUAUAACUUCAGCAAAUGAAGAUCUAAGAAGAUUUGGAACUUAUUUAAACUUUAACUUUUUGCAUGAAGAUAUAUAUAUUUAUAUAAAGAACAUUUUACAUUUUUUCGAUCUAUUGUUGUUUAAUAAUACUCUCAAUAUAACAAAUAUGCAAUCAAAAGUUGACGAUAAGAAAAUGGAUGACAAUUUUUCAAAUACUAUGAUGUAUUAUGAGAAAUAUUAUAAAUUAGAUAAUGAAGGCUAUACUCUACAUUUUUCAAACAAAAAGAAAUUCAGCAUUAAUGAAAUACAAGAAAUAUUUUCAGCUUUUGGAAGAGUUGUAGCUGUAAAUAUUACUGGGAAACAGGAUGGAUUUAGAUUUGUAAAAUAUAAAACAUUAGAUGAAACAAUAUGUUGUAUAAAAGGUUUAGCAAAUAGCAAUAAUAUACAGUUAUUACCAGAAAAGAGUAAAAUGAAUGAUUUUAAUAAUAGAUCAGAUAAAAAAAAUUCAAGUCAAUGGCAGGCAGCUAGAACUGAAUAUUCAUCUCAGAGAACAUCUGGUACUGGCAAACAACAUCUGAACUCUGCUCAUAAUGAAAAAUACUCAGAAAUUGAAAGUUCAACUCAUAAUAUAAAAACUUCUAAUGAACAUAAUCGAUUUGACAAUGUUGAUAAUUUAUCAGAUACUGGUUCUAAAAGUUCAACACGUAGCUUUAAAGCUAAUGUAAAUGCGAUUAAAUAUAAUAAAUCAAACGCAUUGGAAUCCAAUUCGCUAUCUUCAAGAAAACAAAAUUUUGUCAAUAAUUCAAAUAAAAUAGAUUAUGAAAAAUAUUAUAAAAUAAUAAAAGAUGGAAAUUAUGUUAUACAUUUUGCAAACAAAAAGGAACUCAGCUCAGAAGAAAUAAAUAAAUUAUUUUCAUCUUAUGGAAAUGUUAUAUCUGUAAAUUUUAGUGGAAAUAGGAAUAAUGGGCUUGUAUUUGUAAAGUAUAAGACAUUGCAGGAAAUAAUAACAUGUUUGGAAGGCUUACAAAAUAACCCUGUGAUAUGUAUUUUACCACAAAAGGAUAAAAUUGAUGAUACAAUGAAGAAAACAGAGCAAAGAAAUUCAUAUCACUGGCAGCCGACAGAAACGCAAGAUUCAUUUCAAGAGACUAGCAAACAAUCAAAUUCCAGUUAUGAUAAAAAAUGUUCAGAAGCUGAGAAAAAAUUAAUUUAUAAUACAACAAUUGAUCGGGAUAAAUUUGACAAUACUAAUAACUUUUUAGAUAUUGAUUCUCAAAGUUCAAACCAUGACUAUAAAUCUGCAAUUACACAUUCGGAGUCUCUGGUAUCUAAUGGGCAACAUUCACUAUCAAGACAAAAAAGUUCCAUUAACUGUCAAGUAUCUGAUUAUGAUCUAGAACAACAACAAAAGAAUAAAUUUCAUUCUUUUACAAAACAAGAUAGCAAUACUUAUAUGAAUAAGGCUAUAUCUGAUCAAAUACCAGCAUUAAUCUCUGACACAGAAAUAAAGCAAAAGAAAUUUGAUGGAAUAUCCAAUAGCUCUUCACAAUCUGUAAUCGGGAGUAAGAAUGCCUCAACUAAUGUCAUGAUUAUACCAAUGCAGGAAAUAAUUGUUGCCAAUAUUCAUGCAAAUUAUGAUGUGCAUUAUAUCUUACAUUUGUUUAAGAAAUAUGACCCAAUUUCGGCUACGCUUGUAGAGACAAUUUUAGGUACUAAUAUACGAUAUUGUCGUGUUUAUUUUAAAACAAUACAAGAUGUAGUAACUAUUGAAGAAGAAUUUGAUAAUUUUGACUUGUUUGGAAAAAAUCUUAUUGUUCUUCGAAUUUCGCGGUUGAUGGAGGAAGCUACAAAUAGUUGUAAAUAAUAUUCUUUAAUAUUUGUCAUAUUAAAUUUAUCACAUCACAUUAAAUUUAUUAUUCCGAUAAGAUUUUCUUCAUUAAAAAAUAUCAUUAAUUAUAUUUUUCUAUACACAUAUUUGUUAAUUUUUAGUUUAUACUUUUUUAGAAUGUACUUUUUCAUACUUAUUAUGAAAAAAAGGCAUGAAGGAAAUAUGUUUGUGAAAAAAUGAAUUGUAAUAAAAACGCAUAAAAUAAAAUUUAGUUUUUAUUUAUAC